AGUAUCGUGACAUGCUUUCAGGACCCGGCGUCUCCACAGAGAAAUGGGACUCUCUGCAUUUAUGGUUACAUGAAUGUCAGCGCUGCAGGCCAGAUGCCGGAGAUGGAGGAAGUUGUCAGUGAGAGCGACAGCAUGCCAAAGCGGAUGGCUCUGAUCUGCUUCCUGUCUCUGGUCAUGCUGAUGAGCAUCCUGGGAAACCUGCUGGUCAUGGUGGCUGUCUGCAAGGACAGACAACUCAGGAAAAUCAAGACCAACUACUUCAUCGUGUCUCUGGCGUUCGCCGACCUGCUGGUGUCGGUGCUGGUGAUGCCCUUCGGCGCCAUUGAGCUCGUCCACCAGCACUGGAUCUACGGCGAGACCUUCUGCCUGGUGCGGACCUCCCUGGACGUCCUGCUGACCACCGCGUCCAUACUGCACCUCUGCUGCAUCGCCCUGGACAGGUACUACGCCAUCUGCUGCCAGCCUCUGGUCUACCGGAACAAGAUGACGCCGAUGCGAGUGGCUCUGAUGAUUGGCGGCUGCUGGGUCAUUCCCACCUUCAUCUCCUUCCUGCCCAUCAUGCAAGGCUGGAACAGCAUCGGCAUCGACCACGUGAUUGAGCAGCGGCGCUACAGCCAGGGGAACAACUCCACUUCCUGUGUCUUCAUGGUCAACAAGCCAUACGCCCUCACCUGCUCUGUAGUGGCCUUCUACAUCCCUCUGGUGCUCAUGGUACUGGCCUACCAGAGGAUCUAUGUCACGGCCCGUGCCCACGCCCUCCAGAUCAGCAUGCUGCAGCGGGCAGGGGGCGCCGGCACCAGCGGAACCGCCGCUGGAACCGGAAGUGGCGGGUCCGCUGCCACGACGUCGGACUCUGCCGACCACCAGCGCAACCACCGCAUGCGCACGGAAACCAAGGCGGCCAAGACGCUGUGCAUCAUCAUGGGCUGCUUCUGCCUGUGCUGGGCGCCGUUCUUCGUCACCAAUGUGGUGGACCCCUUCAUAGACUACACGGUGCCAGACAAGCUGUGGUCAGCCUGCCUGUGGCUGGGCUACAUCAACUCCAUGCUGAACCCCAUCCUGUACGCCUUCCUGAACAAGUCCUUCCGCCGUGCCUUCCUCAUCAUCCUGUGCUGCGGGAGGAAGAGGUAUCGCAGGCCAUCCAUCCUGGUGCCAGGCGCCCCGUGCACGGCCACACAGAUCAACGGCUCGACGCACGUCCUCAAUGGCUGCUCCUCUGCCUCCAAGCUGCUGCUCUGGUUCUGCAACACCAGGCCAGUGCCUGUCUAGCUGCUGUGUGUGUAGGGCGUCUCAAGGC